GCUCACCUUAAUCGUUUUGCCAAGUCUGCCAGCGACUGGACGCUCAGUGAUCUGGACACAUAUAACAUCAGCCUCAAUCAGGUGGACCAUCUCGCGUUCUUUGGCAUACAGGAGUUACCGCAACCAUCGGUUGAUCAAGAGGUGCUAAGUAAUAUUGAUGGUAGUGCCAUGCAACAA